AUGGCAGUCAUGAUUAUUGGAUCGAUCAGCUCAGGUGUGAAACCAGAGACACUCAGGUGCGUCGUGUCUCUGCAGGUGCUGGACUACUGGGUGUUCGGUCGCAUCUUCUGCGACAUCUGGGCGGCGGUGGACGUGCUGUGCUGCACCGCCUCCAUCAUGUCGCUGUGCGUCAUCUCCAUCGACCGCUACAUCGGCGUCCGCUACCCGCUGCAGUACCCCAUGAUCGUCACCGAGAAGCGGGCGCUGCUCGCCAUGCUGGGCGUCUGGAUCCUCGCCAUCAUCAUCUCCAUCGGCCCGCUGCUGGGCUGGAAGCAGCCGCCGUCGCAGGACGACACCGUUUGUCUGAUCACCGAGGAGCCCUUCUACGCCCUCUUCUCGUCGCUCGGCUCCUUCUACAUCCCUCUGGCCGUCAUCCUCGCCAUGUACUGCCGAGUCUACGUCGUGGCCAAACGCACCACCAAGAACCUGGAGGCCGGCGUGAUGAAGGAGCGAGCCGAGGACUCGAGCGAGCUGACGCUGAGGAUCCACUGCAAGAACCAGCAGAUCCAGGAGCUGUGCCCCGCCUCCAAGGCCGGAGGGGGCGGAGCCUCGAACGCUCGCAGCACGCUAACCGUCAAGCUGCUCAAGUUCUCCAGAGAGAAGAAGGCGGCCAAGACGCUGGGCGUGGUGGUGGGCAUGUUCAUCCUGUGCUGGCUGCCCUUCUUCCUGGCUCUGCCCAUCGGCUCCUUCAACAGCAGCCUGCGUCCUCCUGAAACCUUCUUUAAAGUCAUUUUCUGGUUGGGAUACUUCAACAGCUGUCUGAACCCCAUCAUCUACCCCUGCUACAGCCGCGAGUUCAAGCAGGCCUUCAUCCGGAUCCUGCGCUGCCGCUGGAGGAGGAAGCGUCCCGGCUUCCAGACCAACUUCAACCAUCGCAGCCACCAGAGCUCCAACAACUCGUCCUUCCUGAACGGCAGCCAGCAGACGCUGUCCUCCGUCACGCCCAGCCCCCGCUGCGUCACCUCCAGACUCCGCCCCCCGCCCUGGAGCUCCGCCCCCGCCGACAGAGAGCUCCUCCCCGGAUCGGCGGCGGGGGGACGGCCGAGCCCGCGGUCUCCGUCCGCUCAGGGUUCUGGGAGGAGCGCGACGAACUGA